CUUAUGUUCUGUCCAAAGCUGGUGUUAAUGUUGUUUUGUAUGACAAGGAAGAUUAUUUAGGAGGAACAGGAGAAAGAAUUCAUGCCAACAACAAUACUCAUUUGUACCACCUAGGAUUCAUGUUGCUUAAUCCGGUCAUGUGAAUGUUUUGUAUGUAAAUGCGAUGUGUAUGAGUGUUUAUGUAAGUGAAUAUGUAAGUAUGAUGACUUUGGGGUACUAUCUUUUGUCACCAAUUGGAAUUUGUUUAAGAUCUUUCGAGCAACUUUACGGGUCUUGACUCAGAUCGCCCGGGGCUAGUAUGUUGGAAUGUGGCGGUGUGUUUUUGUUUUUUUAGGGUUAUCAGAUCAUCAGGCGUAUAUUGGCUGCCGGAGGGUAUCCAGAAAAUAUCAAUCUCUGUCAAGAAUGGAUAACAACGUGACCGUCAAUCAAGGGGCUACAAGGCGCACACACACUUAUACUUUCCAUCGUGAGGGUAUGGUUCAGUUGGGGCAAUUGGGUGAAUUGGUCACUGGUCAUAAUGAAACAGUGUUCAGUGACAACUAUGGCAACAUAUUAUCUCUUCUGUACUCGCGUGUCGACGAAUGGGCCUUAUCUACUCUUCUUCAGUUCUACGACCCAGAUAUCCGUUGUUUCACAUUUUCAGAUUAUCAGCUGGCUCCCACUCUCGAAGAGUACUCUUGCCUCCUCAACAUCAAGAUUCAACACAGAGUGCCUUUUGUUUGUGUCCCGGAGAAACCUAGGUUGGAUUACAUUGCCAACGCUCUUUAUUUGAGCUUGGGUGAUGUUCAUGAUAACUGGAAAGAGAAGGGUGAUACACAUGGCUUCUACAUGAGUUUCCUGGUUGAAAAAGCUCAAGAAUUUGCCGACAAAGGGAUAUGGGAGGCUUUCAAUGCUAUUUUGGCCGCUCUAAUCUACGGAAUUGUGAUGUUUCCCAACAUUCACAAGUUCGUGGACUUGGCUGCUAUAUGUCUUUUUAUGGACAAGAAUCCAAUACCCACCCUAUUGGCUGACACGUAUUAUUCUAUUCACUCUCGGCAUGGUAAAAGGGGGGCUAUUCGAGGUUGCUUGCCGCUGUUAUAUAAAUGGUUCAAAUCUCACUUGCCUGCUAGUGGUCCGUUUGUUACCUCUACUCAGAAAUGGUCUCAGAGAAUCAUGGGACUUACUGCAAACGACAUCGUAUGGUAUCAAUUCCGAACAGGCAUAUCUGAAGUCAUUAUCAGGUGCGGAAACUUUGGUAACGUCCCGCUCAUUGGGACAAGAGGAUGUAUUAACUACAACCCAGUUCUAGCUCUUCGUCAGUUGGGCUAUACCAUGAAAAGUGGGCCUUCGGAUAGGGAGAUUUACCAAUCCGUAUACUUUGAGAAGGGAGCUGACCCUAUAGCGCUUGAGGAAAUCAGGAAGGCCUGGAAUAACAUUCAUAUAGGUGAGAGAUCCACUCUGGGAGCCAAGAAUGCCAUUGCUAUGGAACCCUAUACCGAUUGGGUUAAGAAGAGAGUCAAGACACUUUUGUUACCAUUCCCGGAAGUUCCUCUCUUGUAUGCACAACCUCCGAAGAUAUCAGAAACUAUGGUAUCAAGAGAACGUUUCGACCAGGUCCGCGUCGCCAAUUUGAGACUGAAAGAGAAAGAUAGGGAUAUGGAUUUGAAGCGCUAUUUCCUUAAACAGACAAAGAAUGAACUGGCCCGUGAACUUAAAACUCUCAAAGGGGAGUCUUCUCAAGCCAGGAAGAGAGUUAGAACUUAAAAGGACGGGAAAGCUGUUGUUGCUCCUACUGAAGACCCUCAAAAGGUUAUAGAAAAGGCUAUAAAGGAAGAAAAAGAGAAGCUCAGACGAGAGUAUCAAGAAGACCUGAAAGCCCACAAGCUCCGACUGGAGAAAGAAACCAAGUAUGAGUUGAGGACCAUGAAGAAGAAACUGGAAGAAGAGACCACUCAGAGAAUAGCCCUUGAGACCCAACUGAAAGGAAGUCACCUCCGCACCGCCCGACUAGCUGAAGAGAAUGUCAAGCUCAGAGACCAAAUGAUGAGUGAAGCAAAUGCACUUGAGAAGACCUAUAUCCCAGAAUGCAAAGGGUGUGACGAACUUAGGGAUUGCUGCAAGAAUCUAGACACACAGUUAUUCCGAAAGGAUGAAGUGAUCCAAAGCCUGGUCAAAGGAAGAGAUCGGGAGGCGACUAAGAAGCUAUUUGACGAAACAAAGAAGUGGAGUGAUGCCCAUUUCAGACAAGGAGGGCCUUUGUUCUACAUUGAGAUGAAUUGAUAAUUGAAUUUUGUUUGUAGAUCACCACCAGACUUGUUGGAUGGGGUCUCUAUUGCUCUUUGUAUUUGAACAUUGUUAUUUGUGUUUGAACCCACUCGCCUUAGGGGGCUAUUAUGAAUGAAAUGAAUUGCUUUCCGUUUCCACUUGAUAUCUCUCUCGUCACGUUGCUAUUUGUUCUUGACUAUCAAUCUUACUUUGGAUACCCUGAAAAUGACACAACACAUCAUAUGCACACAUGCACUCAUACAUUCACAUUAUCACAUUGCAUUUUUCAGGUUAUUGCACAAGAAACUAAUUGGGGUCCUUUUCAGCAACAGAUUUCUUUCCCGACGACGAAGCUGACUUUCUUACAUCCUUACCGCACCAGGAGUAACGAGAGAAUCAUGGAACAAUUUGAACAGAAUCAAGCCGCCCUUCGUAGGGAUAUGGAUGUUAUGGGGGAAAGAAUGGCCCAACUUAUGGAGACUCUCCAUGCCGUCGUUCAAGGACAGGAUGAACUCAGAAAGAGCGUCGCUAGUUUGGUCAAAGAUACUCCUACCAAUUCUGCUGACGGAGGGGUGAAAACUAAAGAGACUCCUGUUAAUGAGACACUGAAAGUAGUGGACGACCACCAUGAGGUUAUUGAUCUUGAACAUGAUCUUACUGCUGAGUUGACUGAGACUGCUAAGAUGUACCAAGCUCUCGAAGAACGCCUUAAGGCUGUUGAAGUUGCCAAAACUUCAAGUUUUAAUACUGCUGCUAUGUGCUUGGUACCUGGGAUUGUUAUUCCCCCGAAGUUCAAGGUGCCAGAUUUUGAUAAGUACAAGGGAGUUACCUGCCCAGAGACUCACAUUCGUUCCUACUGCCGUAAGAUGGCCGCUCACGCUGAGAACGAACCUCUGCUUAUGCACUUCUUCCAGGAUAGUCUCACUGGAGCCCCGUUAGAGUGGUAUAUGAAACUCGAGAGGUCUAAUGUCAGUACUUGGGGAGAACUUGUUGAUGCCUUCUUGAAACAAUACCACUACAAUACUGCUAUGGCUCCUAGCCGUGCCCAGUUGCAGAAUAUGUCACAGAAAUCUGAAGAGUCUUUUAAGGAAUACGCCCAGAGGUGGCGUGAACUUGCUGCUCGAGUCCAACCUCCUUUAUUGGACCGAGAGUUGAUUGAUCUGUUUAUGGGGACUCUGAAAGGGCCGUAUCUUCAGCACAUGGUUAGUAAUACUUCCCCUUCCUUUUCGGAUGUGGUCAUCAUUGGUGAGAGGGUUGAGAACUGUGUCAAAGCUGGUACCAUUCAAGGUGUUACUAAUUCUAGCAACUCAAGUGGUAAUGGUAAGAAGCCGUAUUCUGGGUUUGUGAAGAAGAAGGAAGGUGAGACUAGCACCGCUUCUGUUGACCAAAGCCGAGCUCCUGCAUAUUCUGCUGUUCCGCCUCCUUAUUAUCCGAUGCCUUAUGCUGUUCCUGGCCCAUAUGUCCCUCAAGCAUAUGCUGCUGCUCUUCCACAACCAUGGAUGGCACCCCAACAGCCUUUCGUACCACAACAACAAGCUGCUGCUCCUCAGAAUCGUCAACAGAACCCUAGGCCUCAAGGUCAAAGGGGCCCGCAAAGAACAAGAUUCCAAGAUAGGCGUAUCGAUCCGGUUCCGAUGUCAUAUGCUCAGCUUCUCCCUCAGUUGCUUGCUGGUCAAUUGGUACAACUCCGUGAACUUGGACCUCCACCUAGUCCUCUCCCUCCCGGUUAUGAUGUUAAUGCUCGAUGUGAAUUUCAUUCAGGGGCUCCAGGCCACACUAUUGAAAAGUGUAGAGCAUUCAAAUUGAAGGUUCAGGAUCUCCUUGAUGACAAGCUUAUCUCGUUCGCUCCUACUGGUCCUAAUGUGCAGAAUAAUCCUAUGCCUCCUCAUGCUGGUACGACCAAUGCUAUUGAGUUAUGUGAGGAUCGGAUCCUAGUUAAUGAUGUUAAUGAGGUUAGGAUGCCGCUAGCAGUUGUCAGAGAGUAUCUUAUGCAACAAAAGGUUUUGUGUGAACUACAUGACUACUGUUUGCAAUGUUCUUCUAAUCCUGAGGAAUGCAUUAGGUUGAGAGAGGAAAUCCAGAAACUAAUGGAUGAAGGUGUUCUUAGAGUGGAAAGGGUUGUUCCUGUCGAAAAUGUGGCUACUUUAGAGAUCCCUUACUACCCUGCUGAGAUAUCAAAGACUCAGGGCACUUCUUUGGUCAUUCAUGCUCCGAGUACUCCUUUGGUCGUUCAAGCUCCGAGGACUCCAUUGGUUAUUCAGGUUCCAAAUGUUCCUUCGACUCCUUCAACCUCGUCUAUUGUUCCCUCUCCUGUGAAUGAUUCUAAGGCUGUUCCUUGGAGUUAUAAUGCCGUGUAUAUUCGAGGGAAGAAAUAUGAUUGUCCUCCAGUGGGUAAUUCGAGCAUCACUAAUAUUACUGGCACUAGUGGCAUUACCCGUAGUGGUCGGAUCUUUGCUGCCCCUCCUCCGCUUCCUAAAGAGACCAAUAAAGAGGCUAGUACACAAGCAAAAGGAAAGCAAAUUGCUGUUGAUCCUCCUGUGACACGUAAUGCACAAGAUGCCGAGCAACUCUUGAGAAUCAUUAAGAAAAGUGAUUACAAAGUGAUUGACCAACUUGAUCAGACUCAAGCCAAGAUCUCCAUCUUGUCUCUCUUGGUACAUUCUGAAGCUCAUCGUGAUGCUCUGAUGAAAGUUCUGGCUUCCGCUCACGUAACUCAAGACAUUACCGUGCCUCAGUUUGAAGGGGUUGUGACCAACAUUGCUGCUGGUAAUUGUUUGGGUUUUUCUGAUGAUGAGCUUCCACCUGAGGGUAGAGCACACAACAAAGCGUUGCAUAUCUCCGUCAAGUGUCUGGAUGCUGUGUUGUCUCGAGUUCUGAUUGAUACUGGUUCUUCUCUUAAUGUGAUGCCCAAGACUACUUUGUUUAAGCUGAGUAUGGAUGGGAUUAUGAUGAGACCAUGCACUAUGAGUGUCAGAGCGUUUGAUGGCUCCAGAAGGUCCGUAGAAGGGGAAAUUGAUCUGCCUGUUUUGAUUGGCCCUCACAUGUUCUAUAUUGCCUUCUAUGUCAUGGAUAUAAGUCCUUCAUACACUUGCCUCUUGGGUCGUCCCUGGAUCCAUGCUGCUGGGGCUGUGACAUCUACCCUCCAUCAGUGUUUGAAAUUUGUUGUGAAUGACAAGAUUGUUGUGAUCACUGGUGAAGAGGAUUUGAUUGUCAAUAAUCUGGCGUCAUACCGUUAUGUUGAAGUGGAGGGAGAGAUACAAGAGACACCUUUUCAAGCUUUAGAGAUUGUGUCGGUUGAUAAACUCCCCGUGGUUGAGAAUAAGAAGGAACUCGGAGCACCCCUCUCGUCUUUAAAUGAUGCUAAGGCCUUCUUAGAAGCUGGUAUUCCCCAUAGCGCCUGGGGCAAACUGAUUGAUGUUCAUGAGAAGCGAGACAAGUACGGCCUUGGGUAUCAGCCAUCUUCCUCUACUCAGCUCAGCAUAAUUCCUGGAAAGAAGGUGAUUCCCCCCAUUUCUCAAGUGUUCGUCAGUGCAAGCACCAGUUCUGGAAGUCAGGUUCUCGCCGUGGAUGAUGAUGAUGAAGAAGAUCUCUCCAAAUUCAUUUGCCAUGCUGCGCCUGGACAGGAACUCAACAAUUGGACUAUCUUGGACAUCCCCAAAGUCACUUUUAUGGAGAUAUCUGGCUCGAAUUCCAUCAAAAAUGAUAAUGUUACAGUUCCCCGUCUUGAUAUCCUUGAGAAUCCAAUUGACCAAGCUGAUGAGGAUAGUGGGGAAGAUUGUGAAGUCCCCGAGGAAUUGGCAAGACUUUUGAGACAAGAAGAGAAAUCUAUUCAGCCACAUCAGGAAGCCAUAGAAAUCGUCAACCUCGGUACAGAAGAAGCAAAGAGAGAAGUCAAGAUAGGUGCCGCUUUGGAAAGUGAUGUAAAAAGAAGGUUGAUUGAGUUGCUUCGAGAGUAUGUUGAUAUCUUCGCCUGGUCAUAUGAAGACAUGCCUGGUUUAGACACGGAUAUAGUUAUGCACAGGCUACCUCUCAAACCAGAAUGUCCGCCGGUAAAACAGAAACCACGAAGAACUCGACCUGAUAUGGCUUUGAAAAUCAAGGAAGAAGUUGAAAAACAGUUGAAGGCUGGUUUCUUAUCUGUGUGUGAAUAUCCUCCUUGGAUUGCAAACAUAGUACCCGUUCCUAAGAAGGACGGAAAGGUACGCAUGUGUGUCGAUUACCGAGAUUUGAAUAGGGCAAGUCCGAAGGAUGAUUUCCCUCUGCCUCAUAUUGAUGUGCUAGUCGACAACACUGCUCAGUAUUCGGUGUUCUCCUUCAUGGAUGGUUUUUCUAGCUAUAAUCAAAUAAAAAUGGCUCCUGAAGAUAUGACCAAGACUACUUUUACCACUCCGUGGGGUACGUAUUGUUAUAAGGUGAUGCCUUUUGGUCUUAAGAAUGCUGGUGCAACAUACCAACGAGCUAUGGUGACCCUUUUCCAUGAUAUGAUCCAUAAGGAGAUUGAGGUGUACGUCGAUGAUAUGAUCGCAAAAUCCCAAACUGAGGAGGAACAUUUGAUGUAUCUUGAGAAACUGUUUGCUCGUUUGCGUAAAUUCAAGUUGAGGCUUAAUCCAAACAAGUGCACUUUCGGAGUGCGAUCUGGAAAAUUACUUGGAUUCAUUGUGAGCCAACGAGGGAUUGAGGUCGACCCUGACAAAGUAAGAGCAAUACAGAAUAUGCCAGCACCAAAGAAUGAAAAAGAGGUCCGAGGGUUCCUUGGGAGAUUGAACUACAUAGCCAGGUUCAUUUCUCAUCUCACUGACACCUGUGAACCCAUCUUCAAACUGCUGCGCAAGAAUCAAGAUAUCCGUUGGGAUGAUCAUUGUCAAGAAGCUUUUGAGAAGAUUAAACAGUAUCUCCAAGAGCCGCCAAUUCUCAUGCCUCCGGUUCCUGGGAGGCCGCUUCUUAUGUACUUGACUGUGCUUGAAGGAUCUAUGGGGUGUGUGUUGGGCCAACAUGACGAGUCUGGUCGAAAAGAGUGCGCCAUUUAUUACCUGAGCAAAAAGUUUACCGAUUGUGAAUCCCGCUACUCACUGCUCGAGAAAACUUGCUGUGCUUUGGUAUGGGCUGCUCGCCGACUGAGGCAGUAUAUGUUGACUCACACCACCCUAUUGAUCUCCAAAAUGGACCCGAUAAAGUACAUCUUUGAAAAACCGGCCCUUACAGGAAGACUAGCCCGGUGGCAAAUGCUUUUAUCAGAAUAUGAUAUCCAGUAUGUCACACAGAAGGCCAUCAAAGGAAGUGUCCUUGCGGAUCAUCUUGCUCAUCAACCAUUGGAAGAAUAUCAGUCAAUGAAGUUUGACUUUCCUGAUGAGGAUAUCAUGAAACUAGAUGAUAAUGAAGGACCCGAGCCAGGAGAGCGAUGGACUCUCACGUUCGAUGGUGCAUCAAACGCUAUGGGCCAUGGUAUUGGGGCAGUUUUGACUUCUCCUCAUCAAACUCACAUUCCUUUCACAGCUAGAAUAUGCUUUGAUUGCACAAACAAUGUCGCGGAAUACGAAGCUUGCAUAAUGGGUCUCGAAGCGGCCAUUGAUAUGAGGAUUAAGAUCCUUGAGGUUUAUGGGGAUUCCGCCUUGGUUAUACAUCAAGUGAGGGGUGAUUGGGAAACUCGACACCCCAAUUUAGUUCCUUAUAAGGACUAUAUCUUGGAGUUGCUGCCCGCUUUCGAGGAAAUCACUUUCAAUCACAUCCCCCGAGAGGAAAAUCAAUUGGCAGAUGCUUUGGCUACUUUGGCGGCUAUGUUCAGAGUUAGCUCCCCUAAAGAAGUGCCAGAUAUAAGGAUCCUCCGUUACAAAGAGCCCGCCCAUGUGUUCCCUGCUCACUGCCUCACUACCGAAGAUGUGUAUGAUGAAAAGCCAUGGUAUUACGACAUCAAGAGGUAUGUUGAGAAGCAAGAGUAUCCCGAAGAUGCUACGAUUGGUGAUAAGCGAACGCUUCGAAGGUUAGCAUCCAAAUUCUUCUUGUCAGGAGACGUCCUGUACAAAAGAAACUAUGAUUCAGUUUUGCUCAGAUGCGUGGAUAGACACGAAGCAGAAUUGAUCAUGCGGGAAAUUCACGAAGGAUCUUUUGGAACUCAUUCCAGUGGACAUUCUAUGGCCAAAAAGAUUUUGCGAGCAGGGUAUUAUUGGAUGACAAUUGAAAGUGAUUGUUAUGUAUAUGUGAAGAAAUGUCACAAAUGUCAGGUGUAUGCUGACAGAAUUCAUGUUCCUCCAACUCCUCUGAACGUCCUGACGUCGCCUUGGCCCUUUGCUAUGUGGGGCAUAGACAUGAUUGGACGGAUAGAGCCACAAGCUUCAAAUGGACACAGAUUUAUUCUUGUUGCUAUCGACUACUUCACCAAAUGGGUUGAAGCUGCUUCUUACAAAAACGUAACCAAGCAAGUCGUUACUCGCUUCAUCAAGAAAGAGAUCAUAUGCCGAUAUGGGGUUCCAAACAAGAUUAUCACUGACAAUGGGUCCAAUCUUAAUAACAAAAUGAUGGCAGAGUUGUGUGAAGAGUUCAAGAUUGAACACCACAAUUCAUCACCCUAUCGGCCAAAAAUGAACGGCGCAGUCGAAGCUGCUAACAAGAAUAUAAAGAAGAUUGUCCAGAAGAUGGUUAGAACGUAUAAAGAUUGGCAUGAGAUGUUGCCAUUUGCUUUGCAUGGCUAUAGAACUUCUGUCCGUACUUCAACUGGGGCAACUCCCUUCUCUCUUGUCUACGGCAUGGAGGCCGUACUACCUGUUGAAGUGGAAAUUCCUUCGUUGAGAGUCUUGAUGGACGCCAAACUCGAUGAAACAGAAUGGGUUCAAACGAGGCUUGAUCAUCUCAAUCUAAUUGAAGAGAAACGCUUAUCUGCUAUCUGCCAUGGCCAGUUAUACCAAAAAAGAAUCAAGAAAGCGUAUGACGAGAAGAUUCGGCCUCGAGAAUUCCACACAGGUGACCUAGUCGUAAGGAAGAUCUUGCCAAUUCACACUGAUCCAAGGGGCAAAUGGACUCCCAACUAUGAGGGACCAUACAUUGUGAAGAAAGCAUUUUCAGGCGGUGCUUUAAUCCUGACAAAGAUGGAUGGGGAAGACGUUCCGCUUCCAGUCAAUUCAGACUCAGUCAAAAAAUACUACGCGUAAAAGACCCGCUAGGUCGACGUACCUAGGCAAAAAUAAGGGCAUCCCGGCAAACCGAAAAGGUUUGGGCAAAAAUUAGGGAUUAAACAAAAAAAGAAAAAAGAGAAUAACCCGCUAAGUUGAAAACCCGAAAGGGCGACUUAGGCAAAAAAGGGGCAUCCCGCUGGAUUGAAAACCCGAAAGGGCGAUCCAGGCAAAAGUUAGGGAUCAAAAGCGAGAGGCUGCAGUCUGAAUAUCCUUCACAAAGAUCACUAUACGCUCUUGGCAGAACGGACGGAUCAAUCCAACCACUGCCCUUCUGAAGCAAAGCAUUGAGAGGAUCGAGGAUAUGGGAACUGUAGCAAUAUCAGUUUUAAUGGAAAUCCGAACAUUUCUCUUUGCCAUUUUACUCUUUGCAUUUUAUUUUCUUUUUCGCAACUACCUCAUUUAGGAGUUGCUCCCUUGUACAGAAGCCUGUUCACAGGCAUUCCAUCAAUAAAAUGAUCUUUUGAUGCAAAAGCUUUCUUUCUUUCUUUUCAUUUUACGCAUGCGAGGUGUGAUUUAAUUCGUUAUUAAACAUUGCAUUGAGAACAUGGGGGCAAUAAUCACAAAAUCAAAACGAAACAUGAUGUUACAUAAACAUAAAAGUGCUCUAAGGGGCACCAUUUGCGUCCAAACGUUGUUUUCCGUGCAGGUUGCAGGUUCUAGUCGUCAUCUUGGCUUACGACAUGCCACAAAGGGCGUCAUCAUCCCGCGUGAAAGUUCAAGCGAAUAAUUCAUCAGUACUGGUAAGCAUGAAGCACCUGAGAAGGUCCAUAUCCCUCUUCCAUAUGACAGACGAAGAGUGGUCCCUCAAAAACCACGUUUCCCCAAGCAGUAUAGGAUGUAAGGAAAGUCGAGCAAAGCCACUUCCCCCCCAACAGAGUUAUGUUUUAAUCCUCCACACAGUUGCCAAUAAUCUUUGGCACUAUGAAGCUUCCAACGCCCACCCACAAUGGCGUCUCAAGAUCACAGGCAACGGACCCCAAUGAUCCUACUCUCCGGUUCCACCGAAGGCCUUUAUUUGGCACUCUUUGCAUAUAGAAUCCAUUGCAUAUAGCAUUUGCAUCCUCGAAAGCGUAGCAUAUCCAUCAAAAUGGAGCAUUACGCCAUAAAAAACUCAAACAUGCGUACAAAGCAUAAGCCAGAUAAUACAGAUCUGCACCCAGUCAAGACAAUAAUACAUCCCCACAUAAAAGGUCGUCCUUACAAACUUCGAUUGGUAUCUGCUGCCACAUCACGAACAUUCCCAAACCACGGUGCCGAUGCGAGGUAUCUUCAAUCUCUGAUGAGUGUCUGACCCAAUGUCUUCUCCCGUCCCUCGAUGUCGAUUCGAUGUUAAGUCAUAAGAUCGUUGCGAGAUCUUAUUCCUUCCCAAAGUGUGGAAAAUCGCACGAGAUUUUCUUUCGAUGUUGAGUCAUAAGAUCGCUACGAGAUCUUAUUCCUAUCCAAAGUGUGGAAAAUCGCACGAGAUUUUCUUUCGAUGUUGAGUCAUAAGAUCGCUACGAGAUCUUAUUCCUAUCCAAAGUGUGGAAAAUCGCACGAGAUUUUCUUUCGA